AUGGGACGUACCAACACCGCGGCAGAGAGACAUUGCCACGGAGGGCAGAAGAGCGUGACGGAGUGCGGUACGGAGAGAGACAGCGCCUCGGAGAGCGGGACGCAGAGAGACAUUGCACGGAGGGAGGAAGAGCGCGACGGAGAGACAGCGCGUCGGAGAGCGGGACGGAGAGACAGCGCGUCGGAGAGCGGGACAGAGAGAGACAGCGCGACUGAGAGCGGGACAGAGAGAGACAGCGCGACUGAGAGCGGGAAGGAGAGAAACAGCGCGACGGAGAGCGGGACGCAGAGAGACAUCGAGACGGAGAGCGGGACGGAGAGAGACAGCGCGACGGAGAGAGACAGCGCGACGGAGUGCGGGACGGAGAGAGGCAGCGCGACGGAGUGCAGGACGGAGAGAGGCAGCGCGACGGAGUGCGGGACGGAGAGAGGCAGCGCGACGGAGUGCGGGACGGAGAGAGACAGCGCGACGGAGUGCGGGACGGAGAGAGACAUCGAGACGGAGAGCGGGACGGAGAGAGACAGCGCGACGGAGAGACAGCACGACGGAGUGCGGGACAGCAUGACAGAGACAGCGCGACGGAGAGAGACAGCGCGACGGAGUGCGGGACGGAGAGAGGCAGCGCGACGGAGUGCGGGACGGAGAGAGACAACGCGAGGAGAUUGGCAGGGAGAGAUAAUGAAUGUGUGGGGGGGAGAGAGAGAGAGAGAGAGAGAGUGA